AAUCUCUAAAAGGCACUAUCGGUUGUCGUCAAGUCUGAAACUAGACUUUGUCAACAUUUGAAAAGUCUCAAAAUCCGUGCAAUGACACAGCGCGUAACGGUCAACAUGGGUUAACCUCAUACAAUUCAAAACUGGCUGGCCGGAAUUGACGGCAGAAGAAAUUAAUUCAAACCACCAUCAUAAUUAUGUGGAAUCUCCGAUCGUCUUCUCCAUUGACCUUCUUCACCACCAACCUCUCUGCACCCAAAAAGUCUUCCAAAAUCAUUCAUAAAUCUUCAAGUUGAAAAGAGAAGGAAAGGUUUUCAAUCUUCUCUGUGAAACAAUUUCUAUUCCUCUGCUCCAUCAUGGUGCUCAGGAAAAUGCUUGACAGGCUUAGAUCAAGAGGCGAGCCGAAGAAUGGCUCUGAGGAGCUGAAGCAGAAUGGAGGCCAUGGAGGUGGUGAUACAAAGAAGAAGCUGAGAUCCGUGAGAGUAGCUGACUCAGAUGGAAUAAGGAAAGCUUCUAAGAAAACCAGCCAUCUUCCUCCUGAACAAGAUGCAGCUGAAGUCCCGAAUUACAUGAAGUCUACCAGCAGCUAUGAUGCCAGAAAGGAGAAGAACAAGGUAGUUAUCCAUUCCUCAACUUCUACUGCUACUGCAACUACUACCUCCAUACCCCUCUCCUCUGCUGCUAGAGAUCUGGUAAGGAAUUCAAGUUUGAAGCUUUUGAGGGCUUCAAUGAAGAAGAACAAAGGAAGGAAUCUGAAGUGCAGGGAAACUUCUUCAUCAACUACUAAGGAUUCAGAAACUCCGAAUGCUCUGGAUCUGAAGGAAGAUCAUGAUGCUUCUGAACUGAAGGUCUGUGAUUACGCAUACUGUUCCUUGCAUGGCCAUAAACAUGGAGCUGCGCCUUCCCUAAAGAGAUUAGUUUCAGCAAGAAGGAAGUCUCUGAAAGUUCAUAAGAGCAUAAAACUGAGGGCUUAUUCAUCAAUGAAAAAGAAGGGGGGUAAUCAGAUGGAGCUGGUUGAAGAUGCAGUCAAUGAACUCUUCAUUGAGAUUCACUCAAAGUUUCAGGAAUGGUGUGAGGAAAGAAGCAGUGAUGAUGCUGAAUCACAAAAUAUUGUUAAUCGGAUGAGUGAAAUGAAGCUGGAGGAUCCAAAUGAUGCGAGUGAAUUGCAGGAAUCCUGCUCGGUUACAAGCAUUGAAGAUUGUGGAGAUAAGAACAGUGAUCUCUCCAUGGAGGAUAUUCAGAUAAUUAACCAGUUUUUAGAAUUUAUGGAGAAAGGAUGGCAGGAAGAAACUCAGAUCGAAACUGAACAAAGCAAGGAAGCAGAAAGUGAGCCUAUGGCAGAUUUGAAUGAUGAAAAUAAUGAGAAAGAUUGUUCAUCAUCACUGGUCAGCAGAUCAAGAGUAAAAUAUGGCAGAUUGAGAAGGCAGCCAUCGAGGAUUAGAGAGAGUGUAAGAGAGUUCAAUCCAUGGCCGCCCCGUUUAGUUACAUUGCAAGCUGAACCAGAAGCAGAGCAGGUAAAUCUCAAGCACCAGACUGUUGAGGAACGAAAAGCUGCUGAGGAGUGGAUGAUAGACUUUGCGCUCAGAAAAGCUCUUACAAGGUUAGCUUCUGUGAGGAAGACGAAGGUUCCACAGCUUGUUGCAGCUUUUGAGAAUGUUAUGCCACAAAUGUCUGGAGUAGGAACUAAGAGGAGCUAUCCAUAAUAGCAGUAGAAGGAAGUAACAGACAGUUUGUAAGGAUGUAACUAACUCUGUCUAUUUCUCUAUCUUCUUCUUCUGUUCACAAUAUGUGUAUAAAUGGAGAGGUGUGUUGUAGUGAGAAUAUGAUGGAAUAAAGAAAUCAAAGCCUUGGUUGAAAAUAUUAGUUUGGUUGGCUCAGUAACAGAUGAUGAGGAUGUGCUUUUAUAUACUUUGAAUGGUUUUCCAUCAGAUUAUCAAGCUU